GAUGUAGAUUUUUGUAGUGAAAAAUGCGCUCAAGUCUUAACUGGAUACUUACGCACGUUUUAAUCUUUUAAAAGUCGCCUGGACUGCAAAGAAAGAAAAACAAAAAAACAAAAACAUGGAUUUCUUUAAUAUCUCCAGCCUGGAAGACGGGAUAGAGGCAGAGAAUAACUCCUCUAAUUCCACCUCUGGGAGCCAGUACACCCAGCUCGCUAUCUGGGGACUCGCUGGUCUUGUCAGCUUUCUGAUUUUGUUUACAAUAGUCGGGAACGUUUUGGUGGUCAUCGCUGUUUUAACGAGCAGAGCUCUGAAACCACCCCAGAACCUCUUCCUUGUCUCUCUGGCCAGUGCGGACAUACUGGUGGCCACUCUGGUCAUGCCCUUUUCUCUGGCAAAUGAACUCAUGGGCUACUGGUUUUUUGGCAAAAUCUGGUGUGACAUCUACCUGGCUCUGGAUGUUUUAUUCUGCACCUCUUCCAUUGUUCACCUGUGUGCUAUUAGUUUGGACAGGUACUGGUCUGUGACACAGGCAGUAGAGUAUAACUUAAAGAGAACGCCUAAACGAGUCAAAGGCAUGAUUGUAGUGGUCUGGUUGAUCUCAGCUGUCAUCUCCUUCCCUCCACUGAUUUCAAUGGACAGGAGCAGCAGUGAGGCCAGUCCCCAGUGUAUCCUCAAUGAUGAAACCUGGUACAUCCUCUACUCUAGCAUUGGAUCAUUCUUUUCCCCUUGUGUUAUCAUGAUCCUGGUGUACAUUCGGAUCUACCAGGUGGCAAAAACCAGGACCAGAACAAUGUCAGAGAAGAAGAGGGAUGUGGAUUCGCCAAUGGAGAAUGGAAUGGACCAAGCUGAGCCUGGCAGAGGUGGGUCUUUAAAGUCCAACAGGGGUGGGAGCAUGAAAGACCAGGAGCGUGAGAACGGGCACUGCCAAGAUCAGGCUGUUCGAUCCCCUCUCCCAAACCAGCCAAAACAUCCGCUGACCGAUCACGACGACGACUUCGACGACAGCAGCUCAUCGGAUGAGAAAGUUAAAAAAAGUUCCAGCUCCUCGAGGCAUCACCACGAACCCAGGAAAGACAGGAAGACUAGCCGGAAGAGCAGCUCCGCCUCGAAAUACUCCAGCAGAAAAUCGCGCGCCAGUUCCAAAUCCAUGGAGCUGUUUUCUUCCCGCCGAAAACGCCAGAACACUGUCAACCGGAAGAAGGUCUCCGCUGCUCGGGAGAAGCGCUUCACCUUCGUCCUCGCCGUGGUCAUGGGCGUAUUUGUGGUGUGCUGGUUCCCCUUCUUCUUCUCCUAUAGCCUGUAUGGAAUCUGCCGUGAAGUGUGCAAGAUCCCAGACACGCUGUUCAAGUUCUUUUUCUGGAUUGGCUACUGCAACAGCUCGCUGAACCCGGUCAUCUACACCAUCUUCAACCAGGACUUCCGCAGAGCCUUCCAGAAGAUCCUCUGUAAGUCAUGGAAACGCUCCUUUUGAGGGGUGCUGCAUAGCUGGGUUUGUAAAAGACAUUUUACCCCUGAGGACAAAGUAUUACACUGUUCUGAGCUGUUUGAUACAGUGCCGGCCUGAGGGUGCUUUCACACCUUCUACUUUCAGGGACUGUGCAUUAGAAGCGAAGGCAUGCUUUACGGUUGAAAGGAUUGAAUUUAAGUACGGGAGAAAAAAGGAAUCUAAAUUUAAAGAUAAGCUCGGAUGUUUUUUUACAGAGCAGGCUGCUAUUCAGCGCCUGUCAGGCUGCUUUGGGACUCAGACGUGGGCACCUCAAUGACUUCUCAUUUUUAAUAAAAUUAAAGGACUUCUCGCAGUUGCUGUGACGCUUGCCUGACACAGUGGCUGCACUCGGAUGAAAUUCACAGGAGGCGAAUGAUUUAUGAAGACACUUGAUUUACAAUGUGACCUCAAUUCACUGAGUAUAAUGCUUAAGGCCUUGACAAUCUCCACACAACCACUGUUUGUGAUGUUGGAUAGUACAAUCUAUCUCUUAUCUCCGUCUCUUACUCCGAUAUUUCUUUACCUUUCUAUUGCGUCACACUCUCAACACGAGGACCAAUGGGACGAAGGGGCUUCUUGCUUACUGUUUAAGUAGCAAAACUGUUUAAAAAAAGACUUAUCUUAAAGAAACAAUCAUAUUUCUGCUUCAGUGUUCUGUGUGAGGUUUAAAAGUGUCUAAACUGGAAGAUGCAGCAAAAACUUUUGAUCAAGACCUGAGUUCAUGGUGAACGGCUUGUACAGUAAAGUUGCAACACAGGCGAUUUUUCUUCUCCAGGCAUGUGUUUGCUCCUUCCUCUCCACUGUGUGAAAACAGCUGAAAUACAGAAGUACUGCUGGAGCAGAUGAGCACCUACUAAGGCAUUCACAGUGUGUGUGCAUUUUCAUGUAUGUAUGUAUGUGUGUGCGAGAACGAAAGAGGGAGACAACAUGUGGAUCAAUGUUGUGAAAAAGCAAAGCUGGAGGGUGUACUGCAUCUUAACCCAACUUCCAGUUUGUGUUUGUGUGUGCGCGAGUGUGUAUAAGCCUGCUUUCUCAAAUGGCCUGAUUCUCUCUGGUCCAGUGUCUGUGUAUUCCGUCUAUCCUAUUUUUUUAUUUUGUUUUGUCCCACUUCCCUUUUCUCCCUUACAGCCACAGUAAAAAAAACCAAACACUGUAUUGCUCUUUUGUAACGUCUGCUGCUCCCACACAAACAAUGAACACACAUCUGCAUUAUUACCAUGUACACAAAGAUAUAGAAAUGAUUUAUACAUUUCAAGCAUUUAUAGCCACAAGGGCUGUUUUUUUUUCCUUGUGUAAAUAACUGAAGACAGUGCAGUAUUAUUGUGUGGUGCCCCAUAAUCACACAUGUAUCAAUAUGCUACAAAUGUUUGUUUGUAUAAUGAACAAUGCUCUGGAUAAUUUUCCAUGUUACACUGACCUCUGUCCUUUUCUAAAAGAACAAGUGUUUACUUCUCUGCUUUGAGCACAUUUAAAAAGAUCAAAUAAAGACGUCACUUCAGUUGUUCUCUGAA